CCUCUUUUCAGGCUCAGAGGCAAGCCAAUCUCCCAUCCUUAGGUCUGCUCCUUUUCUUGCAGGCUUGCUUGAAUCUGCAGGAAGAUGUCUCGCUUCUUAGACAGCAUUUCCACCAUCAUCAGCAUCUUUCACAAACAUGCAAAGGAAGAUGGAGACUGCUCCAACCUCAGCCAAAGGAAGAUGAAGGAGUUCAUCCGGAGGGAGUUUGCAGAUAUCAUAGAUAAGCCACAUGACCCUCAGACGAUUGACAAGAUUCUGCAGUUUCUGGAGUGGGAUGGUGAUGGGGAAAUAGAUUUUAAUGAGUUCCUGCUUUUGGUGUUCAGAGUGGCUAAGGCCUGCUACUGGUACCUGCCAAAGGGACCAUGCCUUCUGCAAAGAACAAAGCUGACAACCAGUGGCAAGUCACUCCGAGACCCUGACAUUAAGAACAGAGGGAGCCGUCAGCAGCUCCAGGGGGAGGAACAACAAACUUGUGAGAGUAAAUAUCAUCCCCCCUGUGAACCUGAGCUGCAACGAGACACCAGGAUCAACAAGCUUGAAACACUAGAGGAAAUGGGGAGUCAUCACCAGCAACAUAACACGCAAAGCAGAAACGAUGCAAAACGAAGUAGCAAGCCAGGGGAGCCAAUCCCUCAGGAAUAUGAAGAACGAAACCAAAAGCCACAUGACCAACAGAAGAGCCAAAAUAGACGUCAGCCACCAGAGCCAGACAGACGAGGAGAUGUACAACACCGCAAGUGCAGCAGCUUGCAAGCACAAGAGGCCAGACUGAAGGAAGAUGAGAGGCAAAAUCAAAAGGUGCUGCAGCCAGAACAACUGGCAGACAUGAAGAGUCGCAGCCAGAGCUGUGAACCUCAAGCACUGCCAAACCGGUGGAGUAGCCAUCAGCCACAUGAGACAGCACUACCAGCAUAUGAUCAAAAAACCCAGCAACCACAAAAAGCAGAUAUAGGAAGUCACAAUCAGCCACGUAAACCUGAAUUACUCGCAGAAGAGAGAAGCCGCUACCACGUACGUGAGCUGGAACAAAAAGCACUUGAACACAGCAGCCACGAGCCACGUGAGCCUGAAUGCCGGGACUCAAAAAACACACAUCAACCAUACAUACAGAAACCGCUAGAACUCGAACACAGACACUAUGAGAAUUGUGAGCCAAGAAAAAAAAACUCUGAAAAAGGGAAAAAACAGGAACAUGAGUUUAAAUAUAAAGAAGCUGUGAAAGACAUCCAUCUGAACCAAGAAUGGGAAAAACGAGGAGAUACAAGAAGGAAAGAACCCAUAGAGGACAAGAGGAUUGAUCUCCAAAAGGAACUGGAACUGGAGCUCUUUGAGCACCACAGCCGACUGACGCAGGAAACGGAAGAGCAAGGUGCCACGACCAACCAGAGAGAAACACACCAGAAACGUGACCAUCAAACACGCGAGCCAAAAGACGAUGGAAAGAGACAACAUGACUCGGUGAGGUAUGAAAGGGCGCAGGAGACCGCAGAGGCAGCAGCAGAAGCCGACGUGGAGAUCCAGCGCAUGUCCAGGGAACUGGAGCCACGAAGGAGACAACGUGAGUCAGUGAGGUACGAAAGGACACAGGAGAUCACAGUGGCAGCAGCAGAAGCCGACGUGGAGAUCCAGCGCGUGUCCCAGGAACUAGAACCACCUGAGGACGUGGAAAGAAGGGACCGUCCCCACAAUGGAAGGAGACAACGUGAGUUGGUGAGGUACAAAAGGACACAGGAGAUCACAGUGGCAGCAGCAGAAGCGGACGUGGAGAUCCAGCGUGUGUCCCGGGAACUGGAGCCACAUGAGGACGUGGAAAGGAGGGACCGUCCCCGAAGGAGACAACGUGAGUCGGUGAGGUAUGAAAGGACACGACAGACAGCAGCGGCAGCAGCGGAAGCCGACAUGGAGAUCCAGCGUGUGUCCCGGGAACUGGAACCACCUGAGGACGUGGAAAGGAGGGACCGUCCCCGAAGGAGACAACGUGAGUCGGUGAGGUACAAAAGGACACAGGAGAUCACAGUGGCAGCAGCAGAAGCCGACGUGGAGAUCCAGCGCAUGUCCCAGGAACUAGAACCACCUGAGGACGUGGAAAGAAGGGACCGUCCCCACAAUGGAAGGAGACAACGUGGGUUGGUGAGGUACAAAAGGACACGAGAGACCACGGUGGCAGCAGCAGAAGCCGACGUGGAGAUCCAGCGCAUGUCCCGGGAACUGGAGCCACCUGAGGACGUGGAAAGAAAGGACCGUCCCCACAAUGGAAGGAGACAACGUGAGUCGGUGAGGUACGAAAGAACACAAGAGACCGCAGUGUCAGAAGCAGAAGCCGACGUGGAGACCCAGUGUGUGUCUCGGGAACUGGAGCCACGUGAGGACAUGGAAAGGAGGGACCGUCCCCGUGAGCGCAAAGAACCAGAGGAUGAGAGGAGGAUUUGCCGGGGAAGAGAGAGGAAAGAGCCCGUGCGUGUCAGGAGGAUCGAUCGCCAACGGGAGCUGGACCUGGAGCUCUAUGAGCACCGCAGCCACCUGACAAGGGAAACAGAAGAGCAAGGUGCCACGAACAACCAGAGAGAGACACGCGAGACACGUGACCGUCAAUCAUGCGAGCCCGAAUAUGCAGGAAGGAGACAACAUGAGUUGGUGAGGUAUGAAAGGGCGCAGGAGACCGCAGUGGCAGCAGCAGAAGCCGACGUAGAGAUCCAGCACGUGUCCCGGGAACUGGAGCCACCUGAGGACAGAGAGACACGCGAGAGAGGUGACCCUCAGACACGCGAGCCCGAAGACAAUGGAAGGAGACAACGUGAGUCGGUGAGGUACGAAAGAACACAAGAGACCGCAGUAUCAGAAGCAGAAGCCGACGUGAAGAUCCAGUGUGUGACUCGGGAACUGGAGCCACACAAUGGAAGGAGACAACGUGAGUUGGUGAGGUACAAAAGGACACAGGAGAUCACAGUGGCAGCAGCAGAAGCGGACGUGGAGAUCCAGCGUGUGUCCCGGGAACUGGAGCCACAUGAGGACGUGGAAAGGAGGGACCGUCCCCGAAGGAGGCAACGUGAGUCGGUGAGGUAUGAAAGGACACGACAGACAGCAGCGGCAGCAGCGGAAGCCGACAUGGAGAUCCAGCGUGUGUCCCGGGAACUGGAACCACCUGAGGACGUGGAAAGGAGGGACCGUCCCCGAAGGAGACAACGUGAGUCGGUGAGGUACAAAAGGACACAGGAGAUCACAGUGGCAGCAGCAGAAGCCGACGUGGAGAUCCAGCGCAUGUCCCAGGAACUAGAACCACCUGAGGACGUGGAAAGAAGGGACCGUCCCCACAAUGGAAGGAGACAACGUGAGUUGGUGAGGCACAAAAGGACACGAGAGACCGCAGUGGCAGCAGCAGAAGCCGACGUGGAGAUCCAGCGCGUGUCCCGGGAACUGGAGCCACACAAUGGAAGGAGACAACGUGAGUCGGUGAGGUACGAAAGAACACAAGAGACCGCAGUGGCAGCAGCAGAAGCCGACGUGGAGAUCCAGCGCGUGUCCCGGGAACUGGAGCCACAUGAGGACGUGGAAAGAAGGGACCGUCCCCAAAUAGGCAACGUGAGUCAGUAA